GUUUGUACUCACGUGUAGCACAUGUUUGUUCAAAUUAACAAUUACAUUUUGGUUGGUGAUGCAUGUUAAGUAGUCACUUAGCAUUCAAAACUUGUUCAUAUUCAGGACAAACAUAUCAGUUUUUUUUGUUUUCACUGUGUUAGUUCAAGUAGUUACUUGUUUUUAGUAAUUGAGGUGUGAAAGUGAUUCAUACAUUCACACUUACACGUACAUACUUCACACCUCAUAUGUACAUGAAGACCAGAAAUAUAAUGUUGCAAAUCUGUACUUCCUCAUUUUCAAAAAUCACAGUUAUUUGUAUAUUUUUUAUUUCAUCCUUUGUGUAGUGAUGGGUGACAGUGACUUCGAGUCCCCGCAUCCCCUUGUACCUUCAGCUUCUAAUGGCCUGCAUAACGAGGAAUUAGCAGGCAAAAGAUAUUUGGACAAAGCCAUUGUGAAUGUCGAUUUAAAAAGGAAGGUCAAUACCUUUUGUAGGUUGUAUGAUGCCAUCAAUCUAGUUAGGUCUAAAUUACUUCCUUAUCAGGUUGAACUGUUUAGGAAAACUGUUUUUGGGAAAUUUCUAGAUGCCAAGGAGAUGUUAUGUUCCGGGCUACUUUUGCAUUUUCUUCGGGGUAACUUGCUUGACGUUGAAGUAGGCAACAAUCAGUGUCCUAGGGAUUUUGUUUUUGAAAUUGAGGGUAGGAGGGUAGUGUUCUCUAUAUCUCACUUGGCUGAAUUUUUUGGAUUCAAUGUCGUUGAUAACAUUCCUCAAGUAGACAAUGAAGUCACUGACAGGGGUCGUAUAUGGGAAAAAUACUUCCCCUCUUGCUCUAAAUCUGUAAAGCGAAAUGCUAUUAAGCAAGUCUUACAAUCUAUAAAAAGGGGUAGUGUGUCGGAUAACGACAUAGUUAAGUUGUCUCUCCUACAUGUCUUAUCUCAAUCUUUUUUAGCGGCUGAAGGUCAAGUCACUGUCAAAGGUAAGUACCUUAAUCUGGUAGAUAACUUGGAAAACUUUAACAAGUAUCCAUGGGGACGUGUUGUAUGGGAUGACAUGGAUACCUAUUUUAGAGCAUCUGUUGCAAGCAUGAAGUCCAAUCCUGAGCACUACAAUAUAUAUGGAUGUGUCCUUGCUCUUCAAAUUUGGGCUUUCGAGUGUUUCCCAAUCCUGACAGACAUUGAACUAGCUCAAUGUGUUGACCCAACUGCCCGUCCGCUUUGCUUGAAAUGGACUUCCACAACAAAAACAACUGCAGAUGUUUUAAAGAACACCAUUUUCUGUAAGAAGCAUUUUGCAUUUGUUCCAAUGCAAAUCCAGAAUGCAGUCCUUGGUGAAUGUUCUCGUGCUACAAAAAAGUCCAAAAAGUGCGCCCUGUCAACUCCUACUGCCACAAUUUCCUCUUCAUCACCCCGACACGCCCCAAAUCCCUCUACCACACUUCAUAACCGUACUCCCAGUUUAUCAUCUCGCACUCAGCCUACCAAACUCAUCCCCCAACCUCUCUUUGUUGCACCAAUAUCAACCUCACCUAUGUGUACCAGGUCGAAGACCAAUGUUUCCAAACAAAACCAAAUUAUCACAAUCCAGUCACCUAAUGCCCAUCCAGGUUCAUCUUCCUGCGCAGAUGUGACUUCCCAUGAUGAGCUGAGAGAACGAGUCCAUACACUUGAAAAACAGCUCAUCACAGUUAACAAGGACAUUCUUUUAUAUCAUAAGAAGUUUGACCUUCAAGAGGCUGCCAUUGCGAAGCUGCGUGCUGUUGUGGAGAAGUUGGAGUCUACCACAACUUUUACAAAUAACACUGUCCAACCAACUGUCCAUUCAAAUCCUUCACCACCACAACAAACUGAUUCUCAUGAAACCAGAGUUCCUGUUCCUUCGGACGCCCCAUCUUUUCAAAUCUCACUCACACCUACUGUCCCCUGGGAACCAUGUGCAGGCAAUGAUGAAUUGGGGUGGACUCAAGCCAUUGACAUUGCAUAUGAUAUGCUUGAGGGGAAUGUCAAUGGAUGCUUACCACAGCCCGAUCGAAGCACGCCAUCGACUGUGAAGAUGACAACAACACCCUCAGUUUCCAAACACGAUAAGUUUCAAACAGGCUCAGCUGAUAGAGGAUGCUCUUACGGCGCUACUGAAAUCAGUUUCAAUAAUAUGGAGGUUGAAUCAGUCUCACUUCAUAACUCUGUCUCAAUGAAUGUGCUCUCACAAGUUAACAACCGCCCAAAACGCAAAGUUGUCGAACCCUCCCGCUUCACACCAGGGUCACAGGCUAUUAGAAAAACUAAACAAUCAACUGCUCCCUCCACUGCGAACCCACUUGCCGGAAGCCCAUUCACUUUGAUCACAAAUUCUACUAAACGACAAGAAUUUCACAAAUACAUGAUGAAGGGUAUCAUUAGAGGUCAGCGGUCUGCUAACAAUGCCCACCAUUACACGCCCGACGUCGACAAAGACUUCUUGCUUGAACUGGAUCCUGGGUUGACUAUUGAAUGUAAGUCAUGGCUAUAUAAGUUGUAUCAAUCUGGGCAGUGGCUAGAUGCCACGCAUGUCAACUGCAUUUUUUUCUACCUACGUAUGAAAGGCAAGUCACUAGGAUGGCCUAACACAUUCUCCACUGCAGACAGUCUAUUCACAGAACACCUUAACUCCCUCUAUGCAUUAUUCUGUAAAGGGAAAACCACUCAUCGUGUUUCAUCUUUGGAUGGUUUUUUCACGGAUAAUGUUGCUGGCGAUCCGACCCAGUUCUUGCUGCCAUGGCUCGAAUGCAGAUACGUUUACAUCCCACUCAAUCUGAAUUCUAAGCAUUGGGUUCUAGUGGUUUUAGAUGUUCCUGCUAGGAUUUUGCGUGUCUAUGAUACCAACAACCGCCAUGCAUCUAUGUCCAGUAAAAUUAGUGAUGAAAUGCAGGGGAUUAUUCACUACUUACCAUUACUACUGGGUGAGUUGCAUUCCACAGCUAACCCCCAAGUCCCUGCAGUGACUACACCAUAUACGUGCACUAUGGUUAAGAACGUCCCACAACAACUAAAUGGUGGUGAUUGUGGUUUCCUCAUGCUCAAGAUGGCUGAAAGCUUGCAGAUGGGGUUUGGGAUCUCAUUCAUCUCUCCAGCCACUGUUCCAGAAUAUCGCGCUAAAUGGGCACACAAGCUUCAUAGUUACGGUUCAAAACGUGCGGCGCAAAAACAUUGAAACUGACAUUAUUGUUGCUACUCCAGAAACAAAAUUUUGUUUACGUUUAUGCCAUUUCAAAUACUUACCUUACAUUGGAUGUAUGUUUUAUCCAUUUCACUUUUUACGUUAAAGUACUAUUUCGACUCUACUGUUUUGUUGUGUGCAAUGAUAUCACAUUGCAUUUUGAC